GGGGCAGCUGAGGCACAACAAGAUGGCGGCGCCGGGCGCUGAGGUCAGCGGCAGCGGCAGCGCCGGGGAGGCGGCGGCGGCCGAGACGCAGCGGCAGCAAGCGGCACCCAACGCAUGGCAGGUCAUCAAGGGGGUGGUGUUCAGGAUCUUCAUCAUCUGGGCCAUCAGCAGCUGGUUCCGGAGGGGCCCCGCGCCACAGGAGCCCAACAGCACUGGGGGGACCCCACGAGCACCCAGCAGGAACCUCUUCCCUAAGGACACCUUAAUGGAUCUGUACGUGUACAUCUCGGAGCACGAGCACUUCACAGACUUCAAUGUGAGCUCGGCCCUGUUCUGGCAGAAGAGGGACCUGGUCUAUGGGGACUGGACCAGUGGGGACAACGCUGAUGGUUGCUAUGAGCACUAUGGGGACGUGGCCAUCUCGCAGAGCGUGCAGCACAACGGCUCCAUCUACGUCCAUGUCUACUUCACCAAGAGCGGCUUCCACCCUGACCCCCGGCAGAAGAGCCUCUACCGGCGCCUUGCCACCGUCCACACUUCCAGAAUGAUCAACAAGUACAAGCGGAGGCGCUUCCAGAAGACCAAGAACCUCCUGACAGGGGAGACAGAGGCAGACCCGGAGAUGAUCAAGCGAGCCGAGGACUAUGGUCCUGUGGAGGUGAUCUCACACUGGCACCCCAACCUGACCAUCAACAUGGUGGAUGACCACACGCCCUGGGUCAAGGGCAGUGUGCCCCCUCCUCUGGACCAAUAUGUGAAGUUCGAUGCCAUCAGUGGGGAUUAUUACCCCAUCCUGUACUUCAAUGACUACUGGAACCUGCAGAAGGAUUACUUCCCCAUCAACGAGUCCCUGCAGCGCCUGCCCUUCCGCCUCUCCUUCUGCCCCCUCUCCCUGUGGCGCUGGCAGCUCUAUGCUGCCCAGAGCACCAAAUCCCCAUGGAAUUUCCUGGGAGAGGACCUCUACGAGCAGUCGGAUGAGGAGCAGGACUCGGUGAAGGUGGCUCUGCUGGAGACCAACCCGUACCUGCUGGCACUGACCAUCAUCGUCUCCAUCGUGCACAGCAUCUUCGAGUUCCUGGCCUUCAAGAAUGACAUCCAGUUCUGGAACAGCCGGCAGUCCCUGGAGGGGCUCUCUGUGCGCUCCGUGUUCUUCGGGGUGCUGCAGUCCCUGGUAGUGCUGCUCUAUAUCCUGGACAACGAGAGCAACCUGGUGGUGCAGGCCAGUGUCUUCAUCGGGCUGCUCAUUGACCUCUGGAAGAUCACCAAGGUCAUGGAUGUGCGGCUGGACCGGGAGAACAAAGUGGCCGGGAUGCUGCCGAGCAUCAGCUUCAAGGAUAAAUCCACCUACGUCGAGUCCUCCACCAAGGUCUAUGAUGAUAUGGCAUUCCGGUACCUGUCCUGGAUCCUGUUCCCAUUGCUGGGCUGCUAUGCUGUCUACAGCCUGCUGUACCUGGAGCACAAGGGCUGGUACUCGUGGGUGCUCAGCAUGCUCUAUGGCUUCCUGCUAACCUUCGGAUUCAUCACCAUGACCCCCCAGCUCUUCAUUAACUACAAGCUCAAGUCGGUGGCACACUUGCCCUGGAGGAUGCUCACAUACAAAGCCCUCAACACCUUCAUCGAUGACCUCUUCGCCUUCGUCAUCAAGAUGCCCAUGAUGUAUAGGAUAGGCUGCCUGCGGGAUGAUGUGGUGUUCUUCAUCUACCUGUACCAGCGCUGGAUCUACCGCGUGGACCUGACCCGUGUCAACGAGUUCGGCCUCAGUGGGGCAGACACGGUCACCCCCCCGCCCCCCCCCACCCAGGGUUUGGGGGUGUCAAACCCCCCCGCACAAUAG